CCCGGGCGGCUAUAAAUACAUGAGCUCGUGCACCGUCCUUCGCCACACGCAGCACGAAGCGCGGCAACAGGCAGAGGCAAGCGGACAAAGCGAGUCCUUGUGUAAGGCCAGCGUUCGACAGCAUCUCAUCGACCUCCCGAGCCUUUGUUUAGCGGCGACCGGCACUUCACGUACACGGCGGGGUCGAGCUAGGGAUCGGAGAGGCUAGCUGUUUUAAUUUGUGGUUGAGGCCGCGACGACCAUGGCGCCGGUAGUGCACGCCGCGGGGCUCGGCACCAGCGGGUCCGGCCUGACGCUGAACCCGGUGGCGGAGCGGGCGCUCAGCCGCCGCGCGUCCACGCUGUCCACGCCCAUGUCGCCACCGCCGGCGUUCGGGAGCAUCGUCACCGUGCUAAGCAUCGACGGCGGCGGCGUGCGCGGGAUCAUCCCCGGCACCAUCCUCGCCUUCCUCGAGGAGAAGCUGCAGGAGCUGGACGGGACGGACGCGAGGAUCGCCGACUACUUCGACGUCAUCGCCGGGACGAGCACUGGCGGCCUGGUCACCGCCAUGCUCACGGCGCCAAACAAGGAGAACCCCAAGCGCCCGCUCUUCGCCGCCAAGGACAUCAACAAGUUCUACCUCGAGCACUGCCCCAAGAUCUUCCCAUCCGGCGGCGGCGGCCCUCUGGGCUUGUUCAAGAGCAUCAUGUCGGGCCCCAAGUACGACGGCAAGUACCUCCACUCCAUCGUCCGGGAGCUCCUCGGCGAGACCAAGGUCAGCGAUGUGCUCACGAACAUCGUCAUCCCCACCUUCGACAUCAAGCUCCUCCAGCCCACCAUCUUCUCCAGAUACGACGCCGUGAACGAUGUCUCCAAGAACGCUCUGCUCUCGGACGUGUGCAUCAGCACCUCCGCGGCCCCGACCUACCUCCCAGGGCACCAGUUCGAGACCAAGGACAAGGACGGCAAGACCCGGGCCUUCAACCUCAUCGACGGAGGCGUCGCCGCAAACAAUCCGACGCUGCUGGCGAUGAAUGACGUGAGCAAGCAGAUCCUCCUGGGCAACCAGGACUUCUUCCCGAUCAAGCCGGCGGACUACUGCAAGUUCAUGGUGCUGUCACUGGGCACCGGCUCCGCCAAGGUCGAGGAGAAGUUCGACGCCGUGCAAUGCAGCAAGUGGGGCAUCCUAGGUUGGCUCUACAACAAGGGCGCCACGCCCAUCAUCGACAGCUUCAACCAGGCCAGCUCCGACCUCGUCGACAUCCACGCCUCCGUGCUCUUCCAGGCGCUGCACUCGGAGAAGAGCUACCUCCGGAUCCAGGACGACAAACUCAAGGGGGAGACGUCGUCCGUCGACGUCUCCACGGCGGAGAACCUGAACCGCCUCGUUGACGUCGGCAAGGCCCUGCUGAAGAAGCCGGCGUGCAAGGUGAACGUCGAGACCGGCAAGAACGAGCCUGACGGCAACAGGGGCACAAACGAGAAGGAGCUGAUCCAUUUCGCCAAGAUGCUGGUGGAUGAGCGCCGGGCCAGGCUCAAGAAGAAGGGCAGCACCAUACUGUAAACAUAGGCUGGGAGAUACUUCGGUGAAAUAUUCGUAUAGUAGAAAAUACACAUUGAUCGUCGAUAGCCUAAGCAUGCUCUGUAAUCCAUUCGUUUAUUCAUGUUCUUUGUCUCCACAUUUUUUUUUGUCUCCACAACGAAUGGUAGUUCCAAAGCGCAUCUCUUUCUCCCUAGAGCACAGUAGAGAAAAUCUUGUAGAUCUAUGUCUAGUGUACAUUCGUACACCAUAUAUAGGUACCACUAUUAAACCUUUUGUCAAAACAUUAGCUACCUGUUUGGCUGUUUCCCUGAAUAAUUCAAUUUGAGAUUUCCAUGUGUACACGUGGUAUGUGCA